CCCCGCCGCUUAUAUCCCCUCAGUCCUGCGGCUCACAUUCACCUCUCUCUCAACACCGGUCGCCGCCUAGAUGUGUCACCUGACUUGCCACCGUCCUCCACUCUCGUCUCAGAUUUGACCCCAAAGUCAAGCUGCAGGCAGCAACAGCAGGUUCCCGUGUCGCCAUGAGCUGGAUGGGGAAGCGGGGGUUGGGUGGGGAGAGCCCGCACUGGCGGAGAAGACGAACGAGGGAUGGCGGCCCCGGAGCUACCUCCACUACCUCGCCGCCGCGUCCAGUCCGACCCUGCCUCCUGCAAGCACGGCGACUUCCUUGACACCGUCUGGGCGGGCCACGAGCUAACCACGCCCAAUCUCUUCAGUGGCGUUUCAAGUGUGACCCAUUGGAGCAAGAGAAGGCAGAUGGUGUUUUGGAGGAGAACUUUACUAGGAAAGUGAAGCAGAUGCUACAUGAAGAAAAGGCGGCAGCCAUCAAAAGAUUAAUGAAGAAGGGACAAUUGCCUACACAACUAACAGAAGUGGAUGAGAAUGGUAACCGUUGGCCAACUACGGAAGCAUUAAUUUCUGCAAAGAAAGUUGACUUUGGUACCGAUGUUGGUUGGCGUCUACUAUGUGAGCAUUGGAGUGGUGAUGAAUUUAGAGGGUUAUCCUUAAGAAACAAGAGGAACAGACUUGCUAAUGGGGAUACAGUCUUCCAUUGCAGCGGUGCGAGAAAUGCUGUCGCCACACGUCAAUUCCUGGGAAAGACCCUGGAAUUUCCGGUGCUUGGCUUCACACGCACAAUUUGCAUCGAGGGACCGACGAAGAGAAGAUUUGCAGUCAAAGAACUGCCAAUCGUUGGCUUAGCGAAAUCUUGUGACUUAGCUCAUUUUAAUCAUCAUGACAACUAUUUGCACAAAACUUUAGUUUACAUUAAUUUUUUAUUUGAAAAGGAGGAUUUUGAUAAGGCAAUGAAAAAUGCCCAUGGAGAAAAUUGGGAAGAGGAGCACCUAGAUUUAGAUGGACAAAUCGUCUAUGAAGCAGCAGGUAGAAUGCCACAUGGCAGGCUGGGAAUUGCUAAUGAUUUAUUUAGCAAAGCAGAGAAGGCGACGUUUAAGUCUAAAAGGGUGAUGGCCUCACAACCGGUGCAGUCUGCUAGGGAGGACCAUCUAGAAAGAGAGAACAAACAUUUGAAGCGGGAGAACAAGCGUCUUCGAGGCAUUGAGAUUGUUGUGCAGUCAUUGGCUGAGAAAGGGGGAGUGGACUUUGAUGGUAUAAUGCAAUCAGCUGCGGCUGACUUGUCUACAUCAGAUUCGGAAGGCGGAAUUCAUAGGGGACGAGGUGAUGUGCAUCAAAGCGAACCUGCAAAGGGAAUGGGAAGCAGGACUGGAGGCAGUACCAGUCAUGGAGAUGAUGAUGAGGAUGACUACUAUGGCAGCGAGGGAGAUGAUGACUAUGGCAAGGAUAGUCUAUAUGGUGAUGAGCCAUACUAUGGUGGUGAGGGAUAUAAUGACUAUGAAGAUGAGGAAUAUAAUGAGUAUGGCAAUGAUAAUGAUGAUUGGCCAUAAAAAUCUAGUGAUCUUCAAGUCAUGCCAAAAUCAAGUUAUGUUAGAUGUUUGAAAUACUUUAUCUUAUGGACCAAUUUGUCAUAGUGGACAAUUUAUCUUCGCAAAAUAUGACCUAUCUCAGUUAUUAUUUUGUUCUGAAUUCAGACAUUUGAUACUUAUGGUUAAGGCCAUUCGGAUGCAACUCAAUACCUUGUGCUUGUGUGUAUGAGAUGUAUUUGAAAUGCCAAUAUUCUGAAAUAUUGCUAUUGUA